UACGCAUCUCAGACCUGCAACCUUCCGGUUACUGGUUGAACACUUCACCUUUGACUACGAGCGGCUAAACAGGAGUGUGAUUGGCGCUCGUUCAACUGUAGCACCCUUUUGGUGCCUAACUGCCAUAACACCAGAAGGAAGCAUGAGGGCUUGGAUACUGCCAAGUUGCCCAAGCCCAAACAGGGGAAGUCGAGAGGCAGAGGUCGGGUUCGAACCACGGACCUUCCAUCCUCCUGGGAUUCGGCAAUAUUUCACGAUGCAAAAAAGAAACAUUUCCUACGCAACCUUCGGAGCAAACACAGUUCAUGCAGAUAUGGAGCUACCUCAGUGUGUACAACAUUCAAGUUUGUCGAAGCCGCCGUUCCUUGGAAAAACACAAGUGCCUCAUUGUAAAGAAAAGAGUAAAGGUGGACAGGGAAGGGAUUUAAGGCUAGCUUCACACGAUCAGUCCGAGGUGCCUACACCUCCAGACAUUCACUCGGGCAAUCUGGAUAGAAAAUG